GGUCAACAAGCCAGCUCGUGAUGAGAGUCGCCGUGAUUUUUGAAGGGCAACUCGAACGCGCUUUUCUUGAUGUUGGUCCGCUAAAGAGAUUAUUGGGCGAGCAGCCUGGCGGUUCUUCGGACUCGUUCUUCGACCUGCAACCUCAAACCGCCGUGGUGAGAAAGGCGCCGCAACAUCCAACAUUAGCGACCGAAACUCCCAACGAGAGUCGGAGCGCAGUUCACCAGUGUCAACACGACCAAAAGGCACUAGCAUUGAAUCGAGCGCCAAGACAGCGCAUUGCAACGAAUUUCAACAGGAAGUCGAUAUCCAGAGGGAAACCGACAGAGAGGAGGAAAUCCAGUUUACAGUUGCAGGCUCAACAAUCACGGCGUCGAGUUUUUGACUUUAAAAAGCCUAUACCUGCCAACCCUUGUCAGUAAUGGGCGCCGCCACCGAGUUGGCUGGCGUUACCCCACCGGAAUCGCCCAGAGCGCCUGCCGCCGAGAUCAAUGGCGACGCUGCUCCUUCCUUGCAGAAAGCUGAAGCACUCGCUUCCAACGUGGACUUGCCCUGCGUCACCGCUUUGAAUGGGAUUGGAAUCAAGGGACUCAAGGUCCCCGAGACGUCUGGAGAUGCAGCCGCUUCAAAGAAGGCCAUUCUUGCCGCCACUUCAGAAGUGACUGUUGGACGUGUCCCCGACGGAACAGUUUUUUCGGUCCCGGAAACCCAUGACCUCAUCCAGACAUUGUUUUCGCCUUCAAAACCGAAAACCCUGCCUGAAUACGUCACAUUGGGCGCCAUGGCUUUCACCAUCUCGCUCUUCUUCUUCACAAACGCCCCGAAGGGUGUUUUCUUGGCCAUGUUUUUGUUCUGGCGAUUCAUGUAUAACGUUGGACUUGGGGUCUUGCUGAGCGCACAGAGCAAAAACCGUGCGCUUGUUAGACUCGCGAGAAAGCAUGGUUUCGGACCCAAUCCCGUUGAGCCUAGAAAAAAAUGGGUUCAGUAUUUUGUCGACCAAGUCUCGCGGAAAAUGACUCAACAGGGCAAAGUCUACGAUUAUGAGGCUAUGCCCAUUGAAUUCAACGUUUGGGUGAUGUACCGUGGUCUCGUGGACAUCAUUCUGGUCAACGACUUCACUUGUUACAUCGCCUUUGCCGUAUCGUAUUACCAAGCCCCCGCAGAAGGUUAUGGGUGGACUGAUGCAUUGCGUUACGCCGGUGGUAUCCUGAUGCUCCUGUUCAACCUCUGGGUGAAGACCGAUGCUCACCGUGUUGUGAAGGAUUUUGCUUGGUACUGGGGCGAUUUCUUCUUCCUUGUGGACGCUUCUCUCACUUUCGACGGAGUUUUCGAGAUGGCCCCUCAUCCCAUGUACUCUGUUGGCUACAUUGGAUUCUACGGAACUGCUCUGAUUGCACAGAGUUACUCUGUCCUGUUCGUCAGUUUGUUGGCCCAUGCCGCCCAAAUGGCGUUCUUGCACUGGGUUGAGAACCCUCACAUCGACAAGACGUACAAUCCUCCCACACAGAAGAAAGGACGCGAUGCUACCUCCGACAUCACCGCCAAGUACUUCGGUCGUGACAUGAUCGUGUUCCGGAACAUGGAUCUUCUCAAAGCCACCGAUCUUCAGACCGUUGCUAUCGUCGGUUACACCAUCGUUGUCGCACUGCUCAUCGGCCCCAUUGAUGGUCCUAGGACAUUCUGGUUCUACGUCGGUCAAACACUCUUCUGGCGAUUGGUGCACACCUACGGACUGGGCACCGUUCUUUACCUGCAAAGCCAAUAUCGCAUGUGGAACCGCCAUUUCAUCAAGCACGGCGAAAGCUCCCGUGACGCUUUCAACCACUGGAAGGUGUUGUACAACACCACCCAGGUAAUGACCUACGUCUCGUUUGUCAUCUGCGCCGUUCGUCUGUUCGUGGUGCCCGAAAGCAUUGUUUACGGCACCUUCCUCCUGCGCGCCACCCUCGGCGGCCUUUUCAUCCUACUCCACAUCUGGAUCGCCGUGUCCAUUUACGAAGUUAUUGGAUCAUCUGGAUGGUUCUAUGGAGACUUCUUCAUUGACGAACUCCGCUACCGCAGCGGACCUGUUUACAGCGGGUUGUACCGAUACCUCGACAACCCUCUUCUCUACACUUUCUCGUGCUGGGGCUUGGCCAUGAUCUGUGGCUCCCCAGCUUUGUACGGCAUUACCAUCUUCGGCCAGGUGUCUAACUGGUUCUUCCUUCGAUACGUUGAGCAGCCCCACAUGCGUCGUCUCUAUGGCCCACAGAUCAGGCAAGAGGCCGGUGUGGAACGCGUCCUGAAAAGCAAAGUCGAGGAGCUUGAACGCAGUGUGGAAAGGAUCGCCAAGGAUCUGGACCUUCUUGACGUUCUCAACCGCAUCAAGGAAGUUAAACGCCACGGAGAGAAGGAGCUCAAGAAGGUCAUUGGUCCGGAAGGAUGGAAAGACUUUGUUGGACGCGCAAGGGGAAGGAAGCAGGCUCGGAAAGUUGCUACCAGCGACGUUACUCCCCCGGAGAGUGAUGACGAUUCCAGCACUACCCGCACUGAAGAUUCGCCCCCCAAACGCCCCAGCGUUCUCCGUAAGAAGACAUCCACCGACUCACACCUGUCAUUGGACUCCCAAGAGAGCGUGUAUACCUCUAUGAGGGGCAGCGGUCAGGAUGCCAACCGUCGAUUACCGCAAACGGUAGAACGCAUCAUCGAGGAGCUGGAAGAUCUUGUUGACCAAGCUAGGCCACGCAUGAGGGCUAUGGUUGGAGAGACUGCCUUCAAGCUGGCGCAAGUAGGCGAGAAGCUGCAAGCCGAUCUCAUACCGGCGGAGCUUUACAGUCUGUCAUUGCCAGCAUUCGCCCCCGAAUCUCCAGCAACUUUUAAACUAGGCCAACCCAUCGAAAUCCAGUUUACAGCAGCGGCAGACUUCAUCACCGCUAGGGAUUGGGUCGGCAUCUAUCCGAUCACCGCCAACCCGAACCAGACACUGACCACCACCAAGAGCGAAGGCCGAUGGCUUUUCGUCAACGGCAGUGGUAAGGAGGAAUGGGACGCCGACAGCAAUUGUCGUGGCAUGUCUCUGAUCCAAGAUACGGAAACCGCGCGUCUCAUUGGCACCACCGUUGUUGAGAUCUCAACCGCCAAGAGCAUCAGCGCCCGCAAAGUGCUCCCCAUCGUGCGUGGUACCCUCACAUUCACCCACGACCGUCUACCGUGGCAGACGGGUGCCUACGAGGCGCGUUACCACUACGAAGGCAAGCACGGGGUCAUGGCUAUCAGCCGUGCGUUCGAGAUUGUCGCCGAUGAGUUCUCGUGGCACGCGGAUGAGAGCGUCGCACAGCAGGAAGCGAGAGCAACUCAGACCUUGCGCAAGAUUGUGCAGGUUUGCGUCGAUGUCAACACGGCCAAUGGCGACCAGGAGAUCUGUCUGGAAGACGAUAUCAUGGAGAAGGUCAAAAUUGGAGAUAACCUGGAUGAGGCUUCGUACGAGCGGUACAAGGAGACUGUUGCACGCCGUAUUGCAUACGCUAUCAAGCAAACCUUUGGCGUGGAGUUCUCAUGGAAAGUCGUACCGAUGGUCGGCACAACCGGCCGCCUUGCCCAACGGGUCUGUUCCGCACAUAUUGCUCUGCACCCAACGGAUCCGUCUUCUAGCCUGUUCGCAUAGAGCAGCUUAGCACCAUUGCACUGCGUAUAGGUCUCUCGUAGUUUCUUUAUCUUAAAGUUCCCGUCUCCUCAUCCCACACCCCACCAUAGACCACAUUUUAGGCAUCCACGCAAUCAAUCAUCUGCCACAGACUGUUAGUUGUUUGGACGCAAUAAAUUAUGGAAUGAUAUGUCGAAUUGGAU